GUUUUUGUUUUAUUAAUGGCCUUCUCUGUUUCUUGUUUGCAGGCAGCUAUCAAUGGUGUAAUACCCCAGGAAAAUGGCAUUCUACAAAGUGAUUAUGGAGGUGAGACCAUACCAGGCCCUGCAUUUGAUCCAGCAAGUCACCCAGCUCCAGCUACUACUCCCUCCUCCUCUUCAGCGUUUCGACCUGUGAUGCCAUCUAGGCAGAUUGUAGAAAGGCAACCUCGUAUGCUGGAUUUCAGAGUUGAGUACAGAGACAGAAAUAUUGAUGUGGUACUUGAAGACAGCUGUACUGUUGGAGAAAUUAAACAGAUUCUAGAAAAUGAACUUCAGAUUCCUGUGUCUAAAAUGCUGUUAAAAGGCUGGAAAACUGGAGAUGUGGAGGACAGUACGGUCUUAAAAUCGCUACACUUGCCAAAAAACAACAGCCUUUAUGUCCUUACACCAGAUUUGCCACCACCUUCAUCAUCUAGUCAUGCUGGUGCCCUGCAGGAGUCAUUAAAUCAAAACUUCAUGCUGAUCAUCACCCACCGAGAAGUCCAGCGGGAGUACAACCUGAACUUCUCAGGAAGCAGUACCAUUCAGGAGGUAAAGAGAAAUGUGUAUGACCUUACAAGUAUACCCGUUCGACAUCAGUUAUGGGAGGGCUGGCCACCCUCUGCCACAGAUGACUCAAUGUGUCUUGCUGAAUCAGGGAUCUCUUAUCCCUGCCACCGACUUACUGUAGGAAGAAGAUCUUCACCUGCACAGACUCGGGAGCAGUCAGAAGAACAAAGCACCGAUGUUCAUAUGGUUAGUGAUAGCGAUGGAGAUGACUUUGAAGAUGCUACAGAAUUUGGGGUGGAUGAUGGAGAAGUAUUCGGCAUGGCGUCAUCUGCCCUGAGAAAAUCUCCAAUGAUGCCAGAAAACGCAGAAAAUGAAGGAGAUGCCUUAUUACAGUUUACAGCAGAGUUUUCUUCAAGAUAUGGUGACUGCCAUCCUGUAUUUUUUAUUGGCUCAUUAGAAGCUGCUUUUCAAGAGGCCUUCUAUGUGAAAGCCCGAGAUAGAAAGCUUCUUGCUAUCUACCUCCACCAUGAUGAAAGUGUACUAACCAACGUGUUCUGCUCACAAAUGCUUUGUGCUGAAUCCAUUGUUUCUUAUCUGAGUCAAAAUUUUAUAACCUGGGCUUGGGAUCUGACAAAGGACGCCAACAGAGCAAGGUUUCUGACAAUGUGUAACAGACACUUUGGCAGUGUUGUUGCACAAACCAUUCGGACUCAAAAAACAGAUCAGUUUCCACUUUUCCUGAUUAUUAUGGGAAAGCGAUCAUCUAAUGAAGUAUUAAACGUGAUACAAGGUAACACAACAGUGGAUGAGUUAAUGAUGAGACUCAUGGCUGCAAUGGAGAUCUUCUCAGCACAACAACAGGAAGAUAUAAAGGAUGAGGAUGAACGUGAAGCCAGAGAAAAUGUGAAGAGAGAGCAAGAUGAGGCCUAUCGCCUUUCACUUGAGGCUGACAGAGCAAAGAGGGAAGCUCAUGAGAGAGAGAUGGCAGAACAGUUUCGUUUGGAGCAGAUUCGCAAAGAGCAAGAAGAGGAACGUGAGGCCAUCAGACUCUCCUUAGAGCAAGCCCUGCCUCCAGAACCAAAGGAAGAAAAUGCUGAGCCUGUGAGCAAACUGCGGAUCCGUACCCCCAGUGGCGAGUUCCUAGAGAGGCGUUUCCUGGCCAGCAAUAAGCUCCAGAUUGUCUUUGAUUUCGUUGCUUCUAAAGGAUUUCCAUGGGAUGAAUUCAAGUUACUGAGCACCUUUCCUAGGAGAGAUGUAACUCAGCUGGACCCCAAUAAAUCACUAUUGGAGGUAAAAUUGUUCCCUCAAGAAACCCUUUUCCUUGAAGCAAAAGAGUAAACACAGCUCAGCGGUGGAACCAGCCUUUCCUUGACAAGCCAGAGGCCUGUGUCAAGAGAUGGGCUCCUCGCCAACCCACCCACACGCUCGUCUCACUCAAUUCAAUGUCACACUUCUGCCUCUUGCAAGAUUGCUGGAAAAAAAAAAAGUAAUAAUAAACAUAGCUACUUAAAAUUUCCCAUCCAUGAGUAUAUGUUCCCAGCCCUCAUUCCAGAGAAUUGCAACUCUGCCACCCUCCCCUAUCCCCUGCACUUCACCCUUGUUCAAUGACUAAUGUACUAUUCAAGUGUGAGUGAUCACUAGUAGAAUUUUUACCUCUCCAGUGCCUAUUUUUCCCCCACAGUGUCAAAGACAGUUCUGUCUGUCCUGUGACACCAGGAUACUGUGUAUUUGAUAUGUCUCAUUGAGCCAAGACUCACACCUCUGCCUUUUUAUUUUCAUGACUGGAUUUCUACUUUGUCACCUACUUUUAAGAGGCAGGGGGGGAGUCGAAUGGGACAUUCUUGGCAUGGAGAUUAAACGUUGUAGGAAAAAAAAAAUGUAUAUCAUUUUUGUUGGUACUUUCUGACUUCUUUACUGAGAUAAAAGGUUUUGUUUGAGGAUUGGUUUAACAUAUAUGCAAGAUAUUUAUUCACUGCUGCUGCCUUGGGUCUGCAGGUUCCAUCUAGGAGCCGAAUGGGAAAUUGUUCAAGUAUACAUGUGAAUGUUGAAAUAGUGUACAGAGGGGACUAAUACCCAGACUUUGGUAUCUGGCGCAGCUGUGGGAAGCUGCUGUUGGGUUUGGAUUUGGGCAGUAAGGAACCCAAUGGAUACCAACUCCCACAUUGCUGGUCCAUCAGUAUACACUGAGCACAGUUCUCUCUUGCUCUUGUCUCCCUCUACUUCUUCAAGCAUUCGAACCUUAUCACCUGGUAUUUUAAGCACCUUUUCUAUUGCCAAAAUCUGACCAGCUAUCCCUCCAGCUCUCCUACAUUAAAGAACUUGCUCUGAUAUUUCACUAUUUUAACAUUAGAUAUUGAAAAGAGCAAACCUGGGGGCUCAGCCCAGAAGACAUGUUACCUGAAUCCACAUGUAAUAAUUUGGGGUUUGAUUUAGUAAUUGUGGAUUUUGCUAACUAUGGAUUUGGGGUUUGGAGUAAUUCAUGGAACACUGUUUAUAUACCUUCACAGCCAAUGAUUUCCUUUUGGUCUGGGAAUAUUCUCCAUAGCUGUUUUUGUGUCACCUGUUGUCUUUAUCCUAGGGUUUGAGAUCCCAAUUUUUACAUUUUUUACUUGAGCAAAAGAGAACAUAAGAGCUUAAGUUUAUUCCCCUGACUCUGGCAAGGGGUUCUCAGAAGACUCUAACCAAAACUGGAGAUAUGCCUGGUUAGUUUCCCUCUGACCAGAAGUGUGUGUAGGCCAAGAAAGUCCCAUCUUGUGUAUUUUCUCUGAUGUUCCACCAGGGACUUCCCUUGAAAACUCUCUUAAAAAGAGAUGUGUUCCUAACUGACUACGCUUUAUCUGCCUAUAUGUGGACCUUCUCUGGCCCCAGGGAGACUGAAAAGGAGACCCACUGUAGGGGGAGUUCCAGCUGAGUACUUUGUCUCCAGCUCCACUCCUUCCUUCUUAAUCUAGUGACUCUACCACACAGUCAUUCUUGGUGCUACAGACCCACCAGGGCAACAGCUCAUUUCCCAGGUGGACCUUGUUCUGUAGCUGCUGUGGAGAAGUGGCAGCCUGAACUCAGGCCAUACUCAGGAACAGCAGCCAGAGUGUAGGUAAGUGUUUAAGAGAAGGGUCUCUGAAUUCACCUUCAUGCUUAAUUAACCUUUCCUGUCAUUCCCCUUCAAUUCUGUAUCCCAACAAUAUAGACUUUACUCUGAAACCAAUUUUAUAAAAGUUAUUAAAUGUUACAUGAAUGUGUGAAGUUGAUAUGCCCUUUUCAAUCCUGUCUUGGAAAGUUCUCAGUCUACCCAGUCCCAUGAACUCCCUGUCCUCUAGGCCCUCAGCUAAUUGUCACUGUUCACUUGUAACCUUCUGGUCUACUGAGCUCUAGAACAGGAGGCCAAAGCAAUUUUAUACCUUUUCAUGCAAACACAACAUUAAAAUGACUUUGUUCUCACCAUA